GUGCUCUGCCAAAACCCAGCAGAGCUAUCUGUUUACUAAUCCACUGGAGUGUGGACGGACCAAAAGUAGGCGGUGGCAUUGAGUUUUAUCUUGAGUUGCAUGUUCACAUGUUGCACAUGUCAUUAGAGAUAGUGCACUGAAGUAAUCUUUGCAUUUCCAAAAUGUAAACACACACUUGGUGCACGGUUCACAAUUGUGUCCGGAAUGAACCAAAUAACAUUCAACAACAAGAAUCCCUUUUCUCUGAAACAAAACUUCGCAUAUAGGCAUACCAUCACAUUAAAUAUUGGGCAGUUUAUGUCAUGCUAUGCUGAAGCCUACAACUACACUAAACAAAGCACACUACCAAGGCAUACAUUCAGCUUUUCGAACAAAUCCACACACAUACUCCCCUUAUACAACAAUGAACAUUAACUAGUGUAUUAAAUAUGAAUCAUCCCCUAUAGUAGCAAUCAGGCUAAUGAACAAGAAAGUUCCCACCCCUCGCAGGUACAACAGGACACCGGACGCAGAGCCGCGGCUGCAGACAGCCAGCUCCGUAUUUAUUUACACGCCAGAUCUCGCCGAUAACUUUAUGUCGGCCGUUUUGUCACGGUCGAUGUGGUUUUAAUGAUCUUUUUUUAAAUCGUACUAUAACUUACGUGGUGGAAUCGAAGCUAGGUCGCAAGUCGUGUGCAGUGUUCGUGGACGGAGAAGGAUGUCCGCUAUCAAAGCUUUGGAGAAAUGGUGCAAAAUGCAGUGUGAUGGGUACCAAGAUGUUGCCAUCAACAACAUGACGACUUCGUUUAAAAACGGAAUGGCAUUCUGCGCUCUGAUUCACAAGUACAGACCGGACCUGAUAGACUAUGAGUCACUAAAAAAAGAGGAUGUAUUUCAAAACAACCACUUGGCAUUCCGUAUUGCUGAGGAGAAGCUGGGGAUUCCUGCUCUGUUGGAUGCAGAGGACAUGGUGGCCUUGCGGGUUCCAGACAGGCUCAGCAUCCUCACCUAUGUUUCCCAGUACUACAACUAUUUCAACGGACGCUCUGCAAUUGGAGGUGUUAAACGACCAGCAGAGGGCUCCAAAGAGAAUCUGUCGAAGAAGAAUCUCCCCAUGGUCUCCAAAACCUUUGUUUCUAAAACGGCGACUGAGAAAGGUUUUCCUUCCCCGCACGUUACAGAGUCCUCCCCCGGAACGGCCAGAGCCUCUUCUGCCACUGCUGAGAAGACGGCCACACCCGGAAACACGGCAAAGUCCGGGACCCUUAACAGCAAAUGUGUCACGUGCCAAAGUCACGUUCACCUGGUCCAGAGGCACUUUGUGGACGGGAAGCUCUAUCACCGGAGCUGCUUCAGAUGCAGCGACUGCUCUGGAACGCUCCGUCCUGGGGCCUACAGGGUCGGCUCGUCGCCAGACACUUUCGUCUGCAAGUCUCACCAGCGGGAUCAGCAGCAGAGCCAGCCCAAGACUGUAUCGUCCACGGCGACGGUCCCGACCGAUCCUGAUCCUCUCGUGUCUUGCCGGUCAACCGCGUUCAAGCCGGCUUCGACGGCGCAAUCCAACGGCCAUCAUCCUCAUCAUCAUCACUAUCAUGAUCCUCCUGCUUCAAUUCAGCGACCGGACGCUAAUCGUCCCACGCUAGCGCCACGACCCAGAAGCGUCAGCCAAACCCCCCCCGCCCCGCGUCCCGUCUCCGUCUCGACCAACCCCGUCGCCUACAAGGCCGCCGACGUCAGCUCUGUGUCCCCCGCGACCCCUGUGACCUCUUUGACCUCUGCGACCCCCGUGACCUCUUUGACCCCCGUCGCCCCCGUGAGCUCCUCUGCGAACAAGACGGCGGACCACUCCACCCCACUCUCCCUGUCGGCACAGAAGACCCAGGCAGCCCGCCAGAGGUUCUUCCAGACGGGCCGGGCCGGGCCCGUGGCGGAGCCCCCUUGGGCCCACAUGAAGCCCCCUGGACCGGCCGACGUCCACAGCCACUCCACAGGCGCAAAGGAGAAGAGCGGCAAUAAGCCGGCUCAGGAAAACUGCAACAACAACAAUGUCCGCCAUUUCACCGUCCGAUCAGCGAAGAGAAGGUUCGGAGGUGACCCCAGUCCAGAUGGUGGUGCUAGCUUCACACAGGAAACGUCUAGCCAAGGCAAGGAAGGGACCCGGAGAGGACAGCCAACCGCUGUGGAAGCCUCUGGCCCGAAGGCCGUUCAGAUGGACGAGACCAGGUUGACAACGGUGGGAAACACUACCACAGACUUGACGGCCUGUCAGGACAGGCGUUCAAAGCUGAAGCUCGUCACAACGGAUCCAGAAAGAAGAAAUUCGGACGUCUAUGUUGGCGAAGAGCAGGACGAGCCUCAGACGGCGCCUGAGGAGUCUCCGGCCAGCGUCAGCGCUACGGCCGUGGCACCUGAAGUGUUUCAACCAGACGUACCCUUGGUUGAUCCUCCAUGUGGGAGUCUUCUGCUCCCAGCGGAACCCCAGACCUCCUUGGCCAUGACACGCGUUACCGCGGGAUGUCCUUCGCCAAACCCCGCCUGCUCACCUCGGACUCCAGCCAAUCAGAAACAUCUACACCUCAGCGGCUCACCAGGCACUAAAAGGGGAAAGUAUCUGUCACCCGCCAACGCCUCCAAGACCGAAAUGAGGUCAACCAUUAUAAGGUGUCAUCACAUACCGACAGAUCAGAUCGUGAAGGAGCUGGGCGAUAUCGAGGAGGAGCUGGGUGCCUUGGAGAAGGAGGGGGUGGAGCUGGAGAAAAAGCUACGCAGCUGCGAGGAAGAUGCAGGGGGGGACAUUUUGAUGGACCCCAUAAUGGUUGAGUGGUUCAACCUCAUCAGGAAGAAGCAGGUGUACAUUAGGAAGGAGUCCGAACUGGUCUACAUAGCCAGGAUACAAGACCUGGAGGUACAACAGCCUGGAGUGGAGGCAGAACUCCGAAUACUGCUGGGAAAACCAGAUAGUUUAAAGUCUGCGGCGGAUCAAGAGCGUGAGGAGAAGCUGAUGGGGAGACUGGUGGAGAUAGUGAACGGCCGAAACGCCAUUGUGCAGGUUUUGGAUGAAGACAGGCUCAGGGAAGUGGAAGAGGAUCAACAGUUAAAUAAUAUGAUGCAGAGUCUUGGGGUAAAGAAAUCACCCAAAAGGAGGAAGUCGUCUGUUUCAAAACUCUUCAGGCGAAGAAGUAAGAGAGUGGUGGAUUAAACACAGAACCGGUGUUGAAGCUUACUGCCAUGCCCUAAUACACUAACUGAAAAGUGUGUGGGUAUUAAGUCAGCUUUUAAUGGUUUUAUAUCUCAACGAUUUGAAUACAUUAUAGAAGAAUUAAUUGUGUCCUUUUUUUUUCUGAAUUGGGUUACUGUGGAAAAUUUGGCAAGUGUGACCAUAAAAUAAUUUGCUUCAUGUUAAAAUAUUCACUAUUGUAUGUAUUGGAAGAUGAUCAUGGUUUUGUUAACAUUUACAUUGUUUAAUAGUUCACCUUGAAUUGAAACCUUGAAUUGUUUUCUUCACCGUAUAGUUAGAAUUAGUUGAGGGUCAUGAAUAUCUUGUGUGUGUGUGUGUGUUUGUGUGUGUGUGUGUGUGUGUGUGUGUGUGUGUGUGUGUGUGUGUGUGUGUGUGUGUGUGUGUGUGUGUGUGUGUGUGUGUGUGUGUGUGUGUGUGUGUGUGUGUGUCCUCAGGUUUUUUAUAGGAUAGGUUGUCUUAACAACUUAAAUAAAUGUUUAAAGAACCCAUCACAAUGUACUUGAAGCAUUUUUAAUGCGAUUGAUAUUGUAACAAUACAUAUAUUUUCACUUCAACUCAGUAGCGUAGUCACUCGUAUAGCAAAAAAGGCAUGUUUAUGAAUUAUUAUACAGGAAAUCUUCUAAUUUAAUUCAGAUGAAAAGAAGCAAGGAAAGAUUGAUUUCCAUUUGACCGUGUAUUUAGAAUUAUAACACAUUUUAAGCAAUGUUACUUUUAGUUGUCUUAAUUCAAGACAAAAACAAUUAUACAUUUUUAUAAUCGAUUUCUAUCAGUUUUAGGGAAUAUAUAAAAGGAAAUUUAAACAGGAAAAAAUAUCAAGAUGUCAAAAUGAUGGCAAAGACACACAUGUUGACAUAACCCACACAUGUUGAAUGAGAUGUUUUUUGCCCUUUUUUUUUUUACCACCUAUAAACACUCUCAUUCUGUACUGUAGGUGGCAGCCUGGGUAUGCAGUAUCACACCGCAGGAACUUUGAAAUCCAAUUUGCCACAGUACAGACAGUUAAUUUCUUUGCUAAUUUUAUAAAUGCUGCAAAAUGUUCAGCUGGGCUGAAGCAAUAAUAUUACGUGAAAGAGGAUUAGUUUAGAGCUGUAGCUUAUGGCCAGGCAGGGCUUAUAAACUAUAGGUUUGUAUGGAGCUCCUUAUCUGCACACCAGGUUUAAUUAAACAUUACUCUUCACUAAUAUCUGUUAAAGAAUGGCCCCCAAUCCCUACCUGGCCUAUUAUAAAUUUCACAUGCCUUAACGUUAUUGAUUUGCUUAGUCACUCAUCUGUGAAAAUGCUAUUUCCAGUGUUUGUAGGCGGUGUCUGUUUCUUUUUCAUGCCACAAUUUUGAACUGAUGAUGGACGUACAUAUUUAUAGUGUUUUGACUGAACUUAUUGUCCCAAUAAAUCAGUUUUUUUCUUUUGAAGACGAAUGGCAA